AUGACAUAUUAUCGAAGUGCGAACCGCCCUCAGGCAUACGUCCCCGGUCCGUCACCUGCUAGCCAGCCUUAUUGGCGCCACGCAGAGGGAGUACCGUAUCGUACCCAGCUCUCUCCAGUACCUGCAAGGCUCAGCGAAGAAAACCUUGCGCGUCUGGAUCGCGGGCAGGCGAGAUCGUCUAUCUUUAUGUCGCAAGCUUACGGCUACAAUCGUGCAUUUUCCCCGUUCCAACCGACUUCCAGAUAUUCAAUUAGUACUUCAUAUCCUGCCUCGAGAUCGAGUGCCCUGUAUCCAUCGUCGCACUAUUCUUCAGAUUCACGACGGACACCAACGCCCUCAAUCAGUCCUUACAGUUCCCCUAGCGCACCGCCGAGCAGGAACCAUUCCCCUUUUCCCUCUCCUGGGCCUCCUCCAUACAUUUCUCCCAACUCGAAAAGGUAUCCCGAUGAUCAUACCCCGCCUCCCCCCCGGUUCAGUCCAAUGCACGACUAUCCUGACCCUCGACCCCUUGUACAUCGUUCCCCGAUGUACCAACAAGCUACGCACUUCAAUAAUGGGAAUAAUCCAUACGGCAGAACACGUUUUCCGCCAGGUAAUGUCGCUGGCCCAUUCCCACCCAUACAGAACCCUCAGUAUACACCUCGGGGAGCAUAUGAGAGUGAUGAAGAAGAUAGUUAUUCAGACGAGAGUGACGACUCGGAGUUUUCGAGCUUGACGGGAUCGAGCCUGUCUUCGAGUUCAGAGUUGGAGUUGUUUGAAGAGGAUUCCUACGACGGGGAUUACGAAGACGCGUCGAUUUAUGAAUCUCCUGGCGAUGCGGCCACCUUGUGA